UUCCCAGAGGUUUUCUCUAAACCUCUCUCUCUCUCUCUCUCCAUCUUUCCUGCUUUAACCUUACUAAACCUAUAUUUAUUUUAUACUGCUUCACGUAUCACAGUUUCUUUCUCUUAAAACAAACAAACAAACAAACAAACCUCUUGACUUGUUUUCACUCUUUUUCUCAACUGGGUUUUAGAUCCCCCAGAAGAGGGUUCUGGGGUGGGGGCGUGGCGGCCCCGGCAAGAUGGCGGCGCCCGGGAAGAUGAUGUUUCCGGAGAAACCAAGCCGCGAGAAGUACAGGGCUGCCCUGAGGAAGGCGAAGCGCAAGAAGCGACGGCAGGAACUGGCGCGGUUGAGAGACCCAGGCCCCUCUCAGCAGGAGGAAGAGGAUGCUUUUACGGAAGAACAACGCCUAGAAGAGAAGCUGUUGGAGAUCGAGAGGCAAAAACUGCACGAGGCGUGGUUGCUUCGGGAGCAGAAGGCGCAAGAGGACUUCAGAAGGAAGAAGGAAAGGGAGGAGGCGGCUAGGAAAUGGCGGGAAGAACACGAGAGGAAGCUAAGGGAAGAGUGGGACGCGCAGCAGAGAAGACAGAGGCAGGAGCAGGAGCAGAGGCUGCAGGAGCGGAGACAACGGGAGGAGGCCGCGCGGAGGCCGCUGGAGCAGGCUGGGCCCGGGGCGCGGCUGGGGAAUGGCGCCCCCUGGCGAAACCCGGAGCCGCCCACGGGCCUGCGGGCGCCCGAGAGGGAUCGCGCCGAUUGUCCGUUCUACAGGAAAACGGGGGCGUGCAGAUUCGGAGACAGGUGUUCGCGUCGACACGACCUCCCGUCCUCGAGCCCCACGCUCCUUGUGAGGAGCAUGUUCACGACGUUCGGGAUGGAGCAGUGCCGACGGGACGACUACGACCCGGACGCGGGCCUGGAGGACAGCGAGGAGGACACCUACCAGCACUUCCGGGCCUUCUACGACGACGUGCUGCCGGAGUUCAGGGCCGUGGGCACCGUGGUCCAGUUCAAGGUCAGCCGCAACCUGGAGCCGCACCUCCGGGGCAACGUGUACGUCCAGUACCGGUCGGAAGCGGAGUGCCGGGCGGCCCUGUCCCUGUUCAACGGGCGCUGGUACGCGGGGCGGCGGCUGCAGUGCGAGCUCUGCCCGGUGACCCGGUGGAAGGCGGCCAUCUGCGGCCUGUCUGAGCUGCGCCGGUGCCCAAGGGGGAGACGCUGCAACUUUCUGCACGUGUUCAGAAAUCCCGACGACGGGUUCUGGCGGGCCAGCCGCGACCCCCACCUGCGCCCCGGGCCCGGGCCCGACCGCGAUCGCGCCGGCCCGCCCUCCCGGAGGGGCUCCCCGACCAGACGGCGCGCGGGCCGCCGCGAGGACCGCCACGGGGGGCCGCGGCGGCGGAGGAGCCCCGGCCCGGGCCGCUCCCGCGGGAGCCGCGGGGGGCGCGAGAGCGAGCGCAGGAGCAGCCCCCGGGGGGAGGGGUCGCGCGGACGCCUGUCGAGGAGCCGCGCGGGGCCCAGGGCAGCCAGUCGGGGCGGGGAGAGGGGCCGCGGCGGGGGCCGGGGCCGGGGCGGCCGGAGCCGCAGCUCCUCUGGGGCCAGGAGCCGAGGCAGGAGGAGGCCAGGCAGCAGGGACCGGACCACUCCGAGUCCCAAAGGCAAAUAGACUCACUUGGUCCGUCACUGACUGCGCACCGUCCGCCGGAGCCCCACUUCAGUCUGAUAAUCAGUGUGUUUGCAAUAGACUACCUAGACGACACCGAAUGCACAGGUAACAUGAAAAUCCCCCCUAGGGAUCCCCGGGGGCGCGGCGGUUUGGCGCCUGCCUUUGGCCCGGGGCGCGAUCCUGGAGACCCGGGAUCGAAUCCCACGUCGGGCUCCCGGUGCAUGGAGCCAUGUGUGUGACUAUCAUAAAUAAAAAAAUAAAUAAAAUAAAUAAAAAGAAAAUCCCCCGUAAUCCUAACCCUUAGCAGUAAAGUUCACGCUGGAAAACAAAAACAAAAAAAAAAAGGAGAGGGUUCUGUCUUUCUUGUUUCUUUUCAUGGUUCCAGCACCUAAGAGAGCGAAUAGGUGUUCAAGUAGUAGUUGCUAAGUAAAUACAUACCACUGUGUCACUACUGCUUACCUGCC